UCUUCAAUGCAACUAAAAAGGAGAAUUUCUUUAAUUAAUGGUAUCACUCUAUUAGUUGGAAACAUUAUUGGUUCAGGGAUAUUUGUGUCUCCAAGUGGUGUCCUAAACCACUGUGGCUCCUAUGGUCUUUCCCUGAUUAUAUGGACUGUUGGAGGCAUUUUCUCAUUCAUUGGAGCCCUCUGUUUUGCUGAACUGGGUACAACUAUCACAAAAUCUGGUGCAGGCUAUGCAUACCUUUUGGAAUCAUUUGGUAGUUUAGUUGCUUUCCUUAAACUUUGGACAUCCAUACUUAUUUUUGAGCCUGUUACACAGGCCAUUAUUGCCAUCACCUUUGGCAACUACCUGGUGCAACCUAUCUUCUUAAACUGUAUGACGCCAUAUUUGGCAGAACGCCUAAUUGCAGCUGCUUGCAUCAGUCUGCUUACUUUUAUAAACUGUGCCAAUGUGAAAUGGGCAACCAAAGUACAGGAUGUACUUGUAUUUACCAAAUUGCUUGGCAUUUGCAUCAUUAUUAUUACGGGAUUGGUUAAACUCAGUCAAGAAGAAUAUUCUAACCUUGAUUCUGCAUUUCAAGGCUCUACAUAUGAUGCUGAUAAGAUAUCCCUUGCAAUAUAUUUUGUGCUGUUCGCCUACUCUGGUUGGGACUCACUUAACCACAUAACAGAAGAGGUUCUUGAUUGUGAGAGGAAUCUCCCCCUUGCCAUUAUGAUUUCAAUGCCUUUGGUAAUUGUUUUGUACAUUCUGACAAUUCUGGCUUACUACAUUGUGUUAGAACCAAAUAUCAUUCUCAAAAGUGAUGCUUUAGCAGUGACAUUUGCAGACGAGACCCUUGGAGUAAUGAAAUGGAUCAUCCCAAUAGCAGUCUCUGUGUCAUGUUAUGGUGCUCUUAAUGCAUCAAUUAUGAUAACUUCAAGGUUGUACUUUGUUGCAGCUCGUGAGGGUCACCUCCCUCAAAUACUGUCCAUGAUCCAUGUGACUCGAUUCACACCAGUCUCAGCACUACUCAUAAAUGGUAUACUAACAAUGAUCUUCUUGAUUGUGGAGGACAUAUUUGAACUUAUUUACUACUAUAGCUUCAUUUAUUGGCUCUUUAUGGGAUUGACUAUCAUCGGGCAAAUCUAUCUACGCUAUAAGCAGCCAAACAGACGCAGGCCUCUCAAGCUCAACCUGUUUUGCCCAAUUUUAUUCUGUCUAUGUACCGCCUGUUUGACAGCAAUACCUGCAUACACCGAUGGUAUGAAUUCCCUGAUUGGGAUUGCAAUUGUGUUGUCUGGACUACCAGUCUUCAUCAUUGGUCACUGUGUAGCAAAAAUAAAAUGGCCAAUUUGUAUCCAAAGAAUUACAAGUAGGUAA